AAUUAAGUGACUUUAAAAACAGACAGGGACAUCAAAAUGUAAACAAACAAAAUGCUUUUGAAAUUAUGAUGGAAUUGUCUAAGUACUAGCAUGUUUUCAAAUUCUUAAAACGUCGCAAUAAUAAAGAUGUCUGGAAUCAAUCUAACCUAAAUAAUGUUUAGAGCUAUAGGAAAUGGAAAAAAUUGCCGACAUUAUACACGUUUGUUGCUUAUAAAACAGAAUUCCGAUAUAUCUUUGUUCAGAUACAAGUCACAUUAUACCUCUUUAGGAUUGGAAUCGAAUGCAUCUUCCCAAGAUAUUAAAUCAGCCUAUUAUAAAUUGUCCUUAAAAUAUCAUCCCGAUAAGAACAAAGGAAGUGCUGAAUCGGUGGAAAAAUUUAGAGAAAUUUCAGAAGCUUACGAGGUCUUGGGCAAUCUAAGCAAGAAGAAAAUUUACGACGAAAGUUUAAGCAAUCGGUACUCAGAAUCGGAUUGGAGACGUCAGCAUUAUUCACCUAGAUCCUAUCAGUAUAGUGAACCGCGGUCGAAGCCUAGAACUGGAAGAAGCAAGUACUACAAUUACGAUGAGCAUUACAAGCAACAUUACGAAGAAUAUGAAAAACAACGUCAAGCUGAAUUUGAAUAUUUUAAACGUCGAUGGGAGGCAGAUUUCAGACGGCGCUACCCAUUUAGCGAAAAACCUGAUUGGACAGAAUAUGAACAAAAACAACAAAACGUUUAUAAUGAAUGGCAAGACUGGAAAAAGUCAUUUUCAAGGAGAUAUUUACUUUAUUUUUUGUCGUUGUGGGGUAUAUUUUUUUUAUUCUCACUUCCUGAACUGGAGGUACCACCCCCAUAUGUUGACAAACCUAAAGUACCACCCAAGCCAAUUUAUUAUAAAGUUAGAAAAGAGGAAGACAGUGAUGAAGAACCUAGCGAAAAAUGAAUUUUUUUACAAAAAAUGGCUAAUCUAAUUAAUAAUCUAAUUAAUAUUCAAAACAUGUUAAUAGAUAGAUUUUAAAAAUUUUGGGGGGAUAUUUCCAUAUAAUGAUCUGUGCUGCCAUUACUAUCGCCAAGGUGCUAGAAGAAUUCUAAACUUGCAAUUUUUUGAAAAACACAUGAAGGAGUUUGCCCGAAAAUUGCCAGUGCUUGGCCAUUAUUCUGCCACCGAUCAACAUACGGAAAUCCUCCUAAUUAUUUUAUUGAUGUAAUGGUUAUACCAUAAUUGUAGAGUGUAAUUAAAAAUGCAUUUCUGUGAUUAA